AUGGAUGGAUGUUUCUCUAACCUGAGCAACAAAAUCUGGAUAUUCUGGAGCUCUAGCAUUAUCUGUAAUGUAUUUUCUAACCAUGCUCAAAUGAUUACCUGUUUAAUUAAGAAUAGUAGCUCUAAUACUGAUCUAUUUAUCUCUUCGGUGUAUGCUAAAUCUAAAUCUGUUGGAAGGGAAGAAUUAUGGGAUCAUAUGAGAGCCUUUUCCUCUACUAUCUCUGGCCCUUGGAUUGUCUGUGGGGAUUAUAACAGUAUUUUAAAUGCUGAAGAAAAACUGGGGGGUGCACCUCAUAGACUAAAGAAGAGCCUACCUUUCUUAGAUUGUAUUAAUGAUUGUGGAUUAACAGAUUUGGGUUACUUUGGCCACAAUUACACUUGGUGCAAUGAAAGGAAGAACAAUGAUGUCAUAUGGAAAAGGCUGGACAGGGUGUUGGCGAAUGAUGAAUGGACCAAUUUCUUGCCUAACACCACUGUCCAGCAUCUUACCAGGACUAGUUCUGAUCAUUGCCCUUUACUUGUUUCUGCUUGUAAUGAUGAUGCUAACUUUAUCAAAUAUUUUAGAUUCCUUAAUUUCUGGGAGGAACAACCUGAUUUCUAUAAUGUUGUUAAGUUGAAUUGGAAUCCGGAAGUCAACGGUAAUAUUUUCUGGAUCUUUCAUCAAAAACUAAAGAGACUUAGUAAAGCACUUUGUGAAUGGUCUAGAACUCAAAUUGGAGAUAUUUUCCUUAAGACUCAACAACUAGAAACAAUGAGACAGAAGGCAAACCUUAGAUGGUAUAAAGAGGGUGAUGAAAAUACAAAAAUUUUCCAUAGUGUUGUGAAGGGGAGAAGGAAGCUCUUGAACAUCUACAGAAUCAAGGUGGAAGACCAGUGGGUGGAAGGUGAUGAAAACAUUGGUGCAGCUGCUGUCAAUUUCUACCAGGAUUUGUUCAAAGAAGUGGAUAGAGACAUCAUCAACCUGGUUCCUAGAAUGGUUUCUGAAGAGGAGAACAACUUUCUGAUAGAAGAGGCAUCCCAUGAAGAAGUUAAAAGAGCAGUUUUUGAUAUCGACCCUAACAGCUCUGCAGGACCUGAUGGUUUUAAUGGUUUCUUUUUCCAAAAAACUUGGGAUAUAGUUGGUGAUGAUUUGGUUAACAUGGUUAAGGCUGUCAUCAGGGGCCAUCAGUUACCUAAAUUCUUUACUAAUACUUGUCUUGUUCUUAUUCCUAAAUCUGACAAUCCUCAAUCUUUUACUGAUUUCAAGCCUAUCAGUUUGAGUAAUGUCUCCCAAAAGAUUGUCUCAAAAGUGCUCAAUGACAGACUAUCAAGGAUCAUUCCCAAGAUUAUCUCACAGAACCAAAGUGGCUUCGUAAAAGACAGAUCAAUUGGGGAGAAUGUCCUACUUGCCCAGGAGAUAAUCCAUAAUAUCAGGAAGCCUAACAAGGGUGGAAAUGUUAUCAUCAAACUGGACAUGAGCAAAGCUUACGACCGAUUGUCAUGGAAUUUCUUGUGUAUAGUUAUGAGGAAGAUGGGUUUUUCUGAACAAUGGAUUAUGAUCAUAUGGAAUCUCCUCUCUAAUAUGUGGUAUUCUGUAAUUAUAAAUGGUCGAAGGCAUGGUUUUUUCCAGUCUUAUAGGGGAGUGAAACAAGGAGAUCUAAUCUCCCCAUCCUUAUUUAUAAUUGUUGCUGAAGUUCUAACUAGACUCCUUAACAAACUUUUUGAUAUACCUAGAUUUAGUGGAUUCAACAUGCAAUCAAAUGGUCCUAUGAUUAAUCACUUAUCAUAUGCUGAUGAUAUUAUUAUUUUUUGUGCAGGUAAAACUUACACUAUACAAUUGAUAAUAGAGGCCUUGAAUAAAUAUGAAAAUAACUCUGGACAACUCAUCAACAAGGCCAAAUGUUGUUUCUUGAUGGCUGAUGAUACUCCUAUAAAGAGAAGAAAAAUAGUGGCUAAGCUGCUGAAAUUUCAAGAAAAAGAAUUCCCUAUUAUAUAUCUUGGUUGUCCAUUAUUUGCUGGUAGAAAGAGGGUUCACUUCUUCACUGACAUGGUGACUAGAAUUGUUCAGCGGAUUGGUAGCUGGCAUAACAGGUUCCUUUCUACUGGAGGGAGAAUUAUUCUUAUCAAGCAUGUAUUGAGUGCUAUGCCAAUGCAUCUCCUUUCCAUUUGUCAACCCCCAAAGACUACCAUCCAACAAAUUGAGAAAGCCUUUGCAAAUUUCUUUUGGGGAUCUUUCGAAGGAAAAAACAAGUAUCAUUGGGCCUCUUGGGAUAAAUUGUGUUACCCCACAGCAGAAGGAGGAAUAGGAGUGAGAUCUUUGCAGGAUACUUCUGAUGCUUUUGCUGCAAAAUUGUGGUGGAACUUUAGAACUAAGGACUCCCUAUGGACUGAGUUUAUGAGGGCGAAGUAUUCUCAGAGGGUCCAUCCUAUGGCAAGAAAGUGGAACUACUCCCAGUCUCAUACAUGGAGAAGAAUGAUGCAUAUCAUACAUAGAGUGGACCAUCUAAUCUUUUGGAAGAUUCAUUCUGGCAAUUCCAGCUUUUGGUGGGAUAAUUGGUUGGGCAAUGGCAAGCUUGCUGACUUUGUAGAUGCCUCCACUUCCAUUAGAAUUCACGUUGCUGAUUUUAUUAUAGAUGGAAGAUGGGAUGUUUGUAAACUUUCACUAUGCUUGCCUCCUGAUAAGGUACAAGAAAUUCAGAGAGUUACAAUUAGCUCUACACAUCUAAAAGAUCAGCCAGUGUGGACGGUUUCAACAGAUGGGAGAUUUAAUUGUAGAUCAGCUUGGAAUAGCGUAAGGGAAUGCAGAAAUAACACUUUUUUCAAUAGGAUGAUUUGGCACCAGAAAUCCCCUUUUAAAAUCUCUUUCUUUUUAUGGAGACUCCUCAAACACAAAGUGGCGGUGGAUAAUAAUCUUAAGAGGCUUGGCUGUCACGGUCCCUCUAAAUGUAAUUGUUGUUUGUUGCCUGAUGUUGAAGAUGAGGAACAUUUAUUUUGUAAGAGCAGAAUUAGUAGGACAAUUUGGCUUCAUUUUAACAGGAUGAUGGGCAUCAGAACUGGGCAACAUGAAUUAAGGCAAGUGAUUCUCACUUGGUGGAUGACAAGAGCUGAUAAUCCUAUUCAGAAAUUGAUCCUACGAGUUGCUCCUAGUAUCAUCAUUUGGCAGAUAUGGAAAUCAAGGUAUAAGAGCAGAUUUGAGAACUCUAGGAUGUCAUAUAAUGGCAUAAUCUUGAUGAUUAACCAGCAAUUGAACUUAGUGACACACAAUCAGUCUCCCAGAAUACCACCUUUUAUGAAAUGGUACCACUUUUAUGAUCUUAUAGACAAAGCAAAGCCCGAUAUAUCGGUUACCCCUGUCAAAUGGUUUCCCCCUAGAGAUGGAUGGUUGAAAUUGAAUACAGAUGGAUGUUCUAAAGGGAAUCCAGGCCUCAGUGGUGGUGGUGGUGUUAUCAGAAAUCAUCAAGGAAAGCUUAUCAGUGCCUUCUCCUCUCCUUUGGGAUGCAUGACUAAUAAUCUCUCAGAAGCUACAGCGUUACAAACUGGUUUGAAGUGGUGCAUAGACAAUGCUAUCAGGAAAAUCGAAGUGGAAAGUGAUUCCCUUAUGUUGAUUAAAUGGAUUCAAAACUUUGCUUCUAUGCCUUGGAAUCUUCAGAUGGUGGUGAUGGAUAUCAGAACUAGUUUGGAAAGCUUUGAAGAUUUCAAGAUUCAACAUUGUUUUCGUGAAGCAAAUAAAGUAGCAGACACUCUUGCUAAUACAGGACUCGAAUGCAAUCAGAAUAUCUGGUAUACCGAUUUCACACAGUUGCCGAGACAAGCUAAGGGGGAGUUCAACUUGGAUAAACUCGGCCUCCCCUCUUUUCGGACUAAACAGAUCAAAAACUCUUUUAGCAUAGAUAGACAACUACAAAGACUUUAUCUUUUUGAUGUCCCUUAG